AUGAAUUUAGAAGAAUCAAUCAGCGAAUAUCAACCAGGUGGUUAUCACCCGGUACAUCUUAACGAUAUUUACACUUCCAACUUGACUGCUUAUAAAAUUAUUCAAAAAUUAGGUUGGGGCCAUUUUGCUACCGUUUGGUUAGCUAAAAACUUGAAAACAAACCAAUUUGUUGCAAUUAAAAUUGUUAAAUCUUCCCAUAAUUAUUUCGAAGCCGCUGAAGAUGAAAUCAAAAUAUUGUCUAUUCUAAAUCAUGAUUCAAAUGAUGAUCAUCAUAUUAACGAUUCAAUUUAUAAUUUAGGUAAAAAUGGUGUUAUGAAACUAUUGGAUCAUUUCAUCAUCAGUGGAUCAAAUGGGAAUCAUAUCGCAAUUGUUUUCGAAAUCUUGGGUGAAAAUAUUUUAAGCGUUAUUUAUAAAUAUAAAAAGGAAAAAUUAAAUCAAUUAUCUUUUUCAACUAAUUCCAUCAUUUCUAAUCCGUCUUUGAUUCCAAUCAAUAUUAUAAAAGAUAUCACCAAACAAAUCUUGUUAUCAAUUAACUAUAUGCAUCAUAGAGGUAUCAUCCAUACGGAUUUAAAACCUGAAAACAUUUUGAUCCAGUAUAAAGGAUUAAUUAAUAAUAAAUCUUCAUUUAAAUCUACAAAUUUUUUAUUACCCCUGAUCCCUCUCAAUUCAAAAUUAGAUGAUUCAACUACUAUUAAAAUUGCUGAUUUAGGUAAUGCUACUUAUUCAAAUUUACAUUUCACUAAUCAAAUUCAAACUCGUCAAUAUAGAUCUCCAGAAAUCUUAUUGAAAUAUAAAUCUUGGGGGGCUUCCACCGAUUUAUGGUCAAUUGGUUGCCUCCUUUUUGAAUUAAUUACCGGUGAUUAUCUUUUUGAUCCUCAUGAUGGUAUAAAUUUUGAUAAAGAUGAAGAUCAUUUGGCUCAAAUAAUUGAAUUAUUAGGUGAAUUUCCAAGUAUCAAUUACUUGAAAGAUUGUAAAUUAUCUUCAAAAUAUUUUAAUAUCAAUUCUAAAAAAAAUGAAAUCUCAUUGAAAAAUAUCAAGACUUUGAAAUUUUGGAAAUUAUAUGAUGUUUUCAUUGAUAAAUAUAAAUUUGAUCCAAAUGAUAUCAAUAUUAAAUUAAUCACUGAUUUAAUCUUAAAAUGUUUGAGAUUUAAUCUAGAUGAGAGAUAUGAUUGUAAAUCAUUACUAGCUCAUCCUUGGUUUGAUACCAAUCCAACUUAUAAUGAAGACAUUUUGAAACAUUUACCUAAUAUUCAUGAUGAUAUACCGGGUUAUACUUCUACUUGGGAUAUGGACGAUUAG